UUUUGUCCAGGUCCCGGAUACAAGUACAAGAGAGAGUCCAGAGUGAAUACCAGGGCCCACAUCCCGGUUCCCGCCCCGAACGUAGGCAUACGUCGUCUGCUGAAGUCACGAAAUCGCUCGUCAUUGUAGAUCGUAGUUACCCUUGGACUUGGGCCUGUUUCACAAUCUCCCUCAGCUGUAGAAGGUUGCUCGAAAGCUCGUUGAGUCUCUCAAAUCGUGUUGGUCUUUCGAAAAAUUAACCGUCACCCAAAGAGAACGUCAUAUAUUGCUUGAACUGCUGUCCGGCAUCUUGAAAAGUCCCAGCCUUUGACGAUCAUCAUGUCUACAGACUACAAUGAGCGCCCUCAGUUUGAGGAGACCUCGGGAAAUAAGACUUUCCGAAAGAUGAGGGAAAAUCCAAUGGUUCCUAUCGGUAUGGCGGGCUUCUUUGUGGCUGCGAUUUAUGGUGCUCGCCAGUUCAAGAACAGGCCCAAGAACAUGUCUGCCUCCAUGUACAUCAUGAGGUUCCGUGUGUUUGCCCAGAGCAUCGCUGUCGGAGCCAUGGGCAUUGGCAUUGGCUACACAAUUCUUAAAGAUAUGUUUGUCAAAAAAAGUCCAAAUGAAAGUGAAGCGAAGUAAAGGGGAGUUUUUAACUUAAGGUUGUUAAAAAGUCUCCUGAAUUUAAUAACAGUUAUAGUUCCACUUGCUACCUACAACCAACUGUUGGUUCAUGUAAACACAUGUUCACAAACAUAACAUGAUUGUUUGUCUGUGAAUUCAUGACAUCAUGUUUUGUUGUGUUGGGUGGCAAAAUAUUUAUUAUUAAAUAAAUCUCAAAUUUUCUCUCGGAGAAGAGAUUUCAUUGAUCAAAAACAUUUUUAUUAAUGACACAGUGCUGGAGGUAAAUAUCUUGAUGGUGGAAAAUCUGGCUGCUUGUAUGGACUGCUUGUGUGAAUAUAACAGGCAUUUAAAAGAAUUUAUGGAACAAUUUUGCCUUCCACUGCAAAAACGCAAGAAUAAGAUGCUUGGACACCAGAGGUCUUUCUGUGCUUUAAGUGCUGUACACCCUGGGGUCUGCCUCAACAAACCUCUGUUACACUGGUCUAAAUUUCGUUUGUUUUCGGAAUUCUAAAGGUUUAACCUUACAGCCCUAGUUUUGUUUAGUUCCCUCACAAAUUCCCGUUUCCCCCAGACCCAGUCAUGUACAUUUCCCUCACAAGGUGCCAGCCUCCUCACGGCCAAACCUCUGGUUACAGUAAUCUAUGAUCUACUACUUCAAACAAAGCAGUAUAGAAAUUUGUUUAAUAUCUGCAAAAAAAUUACAGACACAAUCAGUAUUGACUGGGCCUGAGGAGUCGAGGAAUCCAGUUUUACAUAGGCUAGAAUAAUAGCCUGCUGCUGUAAGUGUUAAUAGAUUCAUUAAAAAAAAACACCCAUAGGCCCUGAGAUGGUCCAUUUAUCCUGUUAUGCAGUACAGGGGUGUGUCUAAGUCUUGUAGUUUGUGGAGAAUCACCUAAGUGGUGAACAGAGAGGUAGACUUAUGGCAAUAAAGACAGGCUGAUGCGGUGACUCUAAACCUCCUCAGCAUACCACAUUGACCUUUUUAAAUGAUAAGGAAGGUAUACUUUGGCUACCUUCUAUUACAAUUGAUUUUUACAUUGAAAAAUGACAUGUUGUACAGCUGUCAGUGAGACAAGAAAAUGAUCAUUUUCAGUGUCUGUAGAUUGAGACAAUCCCUUUACUGUGACCAUGAAUAGGAGGACAGACUGUGUGCGAGCAGUGUUGUAACUACAACCCAUUGUCUUUGCGAGCUCUGUUUACAGAGUCGAGUGGGGUUUGUUCAAAGAUACAGCUGACAUUUUAUUCGUGAGACACAGGCUGAGGGUAGUACUGGGAAUAUAUUUUUUUAUCAUAAAGGAUAGGUAAACAAUAAAAAGACAGUACAUGUGCUAAUUCUCUAAUUUCCGCUCUACAUUCUGAACUCUAAGUAAUAGUUCUCAAUGUUGUAGCUGACAUUGUAAUUUUAUCUUCAAGAAGUUUAUUGGUGCUUUUCUAGAUUUUCAAUACGGUUCCCUCUUCUUCAGUCUUUCCAGUCCGGACUCAUUGAAUGUUGGUCAGGUCAGAACUAUUUGCCCGAAUCACUCACACUGUGUAAUUUGUUGUUGCUUGGUAACCAAAUAAUAUAAUAGUUACUUCAGGGAUCUUUACUUUACGCUACAACACGCUCAUAAUGGUUGUUAAGCACAUAGAGCAUCCUGUAGAGCAUGGAUGCGCUAUAUAAAUGCAAUUAUUAUAAUUAUCUCAGUAAGAUCCACACUGUUCUCUUCAGUAAAUGUAUAGCUUUUCCUCAUAAAGUAGAGGUUCAUCUGUUGAUUACAACAAAAGACAAAAUGAAUGAGGAUGUGAAUGAGAGAAUUCAUAUAUUUGUCUGUGUGUAUUUAUUUGGGUGCUGUGGAUUAAAUGCAUUUGUCGGAGUGCCAAGAUGAUUUAAUUAAAGUUUUGAAUGAGACAGCUGGUAAUGAUUAACAGGACUUCUGAGUGGACUGACAUGUAUUGAAAAUUUUGCAUAAUGUUUAUACUGACAGUAACUAUAAAGGCUGCUGCCUAUAGGGUUAAUGGUCUCCACAAGCUAAUAAUACCUUUCACUGUUCCUUUUGUACUUUAGAAAUGUCUUGUUGAAUAAAGUUUCAUCUAUAGG